ACGCAUACGUAAAUCAAUACGUAAAUUGUGCUCACGAGGGAGCCUUUCCACCGAUCGAUAAUUAGGUCUCGAUGAGAAUCAAGCUGGAUAUUCGAUUCCGUUUUCUACACGUUGCACGAGGAAGGGCCUCCAGCUUUAAGAUGAUAACGGCGUUGCCAGUACCCUCGGUGAAGGUCUUCCACAAAACCUAUUACCAGGAGAAAGGAUCCAGGAUAGGGAAUAGUCAACCUGGAAGCCCUUUGGCCGAAAGCGAAGCAGUGCUGGCGUUAGUUGAUAAGGAACCCCCGGAAUAUUACUUCUGCGGCAAGGUCAAUUCGUUACACGUGGUGGUCGGGUCAUUGUUGCUGGGCGCCGUGGUGUUGGUUGUAGGCUUGGUGCAACUCGCGCCCGGGGCAGAAGCUGCACAAAACUCGACCGCCCUCAUCGUCGUUGGAUGCAGUUUGCUCGUGGUCGGUGUUUUCCUCGCGCCCCUCAGAGCGCUGUGUAUCAAGAGACAGAAGGCUGCGCAGAAGGAUGGGACGCAUCAAAGAAGCGUCACCAGUAUAGACAUGCUGUUGGCUCAACACAGAGAUUUUACGGUUCUGACGCCGGACGAGCUGGAGGACCUCGUAGGCCGGCCGACCUCCGCUCUCGAGAACAAAAUCCGCAAACAGGGCCAGAAUACCUAGGUAUUGCCGGCCUCGAAGAAGGCCCAUCCAUCCUCGCCAUCGUGCUCGAACACGCCAUCGUCAUCGACGUCGCCAGGAACUAGCUCAUCCAUCCUCUACACUCAUCGUUACGACUCUCGUGAACACAGUCUGGUUUAAGCAAAAAAAGAAAAGAAAAAGUGGGGAGGGGGGGGGAGAAAAAGGAACAGAGGGAUAAAAAAAGAAAAAAGAAAAAAAAAAUAGAAAAUGGAAAAUAAAUACAAGAAAAAACAGACUAGCGUUACCGUGUCAGUUCGUUCGACUUUUUAGACAGAAAAUUCAAUUCUCGAUGCACGCCCGAACGAGUGCAACACCCUCUAUGUGAAGAUGUGUCUACGUUUGCCUUCACUUUGAUGCGAGGCGAAAGUUGGGAAGAAAAGAAGAAAAAAGAAAGAAAAAAGAAGAAAAAAAUAUCCUUGAAAUUUUGACAAUUUCACGGGCGCAAGAACGAGAUGUACGAGUUUUGUCCUUUUAAUUGAUAAGCACUCGCGAUAGGAAAUCGCCUAAAAAAAAAAAAAAAAAAAAAAAAAAAAACGCCAAGUUCUUUCCGGAUUGUCGUUGCUUCGCGGACUCGGGGUCCAAUUUUUCCGAAUAUAUAUUGCACAAAAGAUGGAUGGAUCUUUGGAAAUGGGAUCGAAGAAAACUCGACGACAGGAAGAUGCCAAUUGUUGAGUCAAGUUCAAGUCUUGAUCCGCGUGGAUAAAAGAAGAAGAAAGAAAGAAAGAAAGAAAAAAAAAAAAGAAAAAUGAAGCAAAAGGGACCUAAUUAUGCGGCUGCCUUCCUUUCGAUCGUCGAUUUUUUAAAAAUCUCUCGAUUUCAUCACCACUUUAGGAUCUCUCUCUUCUCGAGCACGAAUGCGAAUGUUUCUUUCAUUUGUUUUCAACUGGCACGCUUGCUUCCUUGCUCGCGAACGAUCCUGUGCGAAUGUUUGUAUCGAGGAUAAUAUAGUACAGUAAGUGUGUUAAGUAUACAAAGUCAAUCUCAAAGUGGUCGUUCGUUGGCACGAAAAUUGUUGGAUAUAAUUGUGGAAAUGGAUACGGAUAUGCAUGUUUCACCGAUUACGUUUCAGCUUUGCAUCCAAAUCGAUCCGUGAGUCGCGAUCAAGAGAGGUUAGAUUUUCUUUAUCAAUGACUUUUUUCUUCACUUGCUAUAUUUUAAUGCAAUAAUUUUAUUAAUUACCAUUAUCAUAUUUUUAGAGAUACGAUAAUACUCUCGAUUUUACUUUACUUGGAGAGGAAAGUGUUGCAAACUGUCUUUUUAUUCUUUUAGAAUAAAAAAAAUAUAUAUUGCUAUAUAUUUUAAUAGAUAUCAGGACGAUUUCGCUUAUCUUUCUAUGGAGGAAAGUAUUUUAUUAUUUUAUUUUUAUUUUUCUACUUUUCCAUUUUUCCAUCCUUAUUUAUUUCUAUAUUUUUCUUUUCAUUAUGCGCGAAGAGGUUAUUUUGAAGUGUCACGAAAAUUGGAUCGCAACUCGGGAAAAGGAAAAAAAACGCUGCGUUAAGAGGUAAAAAAUAAGAGUAGCGUUUUCGACACGAUUGAAAAAAAUAUCUCGUACGCACGAAAUCUUAAGGUAUCUGCCUUUCUCGUUGCGCUCUCUCGUUCAAGACUGUACCAACGAUGAAACUUCAAUUAUCGUUAAUCGAGAAGUUCGUAUAUACACAAUUCUUCGAAGAAUCUUCGACAAUGGGAAGAAGUAGAAAAAGAAGAAGAAGAAGAAUCACUGAAUUGUGAGAGAGACAAUUUCGAAGGCUGCUUCACGGCUAACGAACGCUGAAAAUUUUUCGAUUGUUCGGGAGAAGCAUCGUUUUACCACCAAAGAGACCAAAAAAGCAAUUUCGUUCUUCGAGACUUCAUUGUGUUCAAAUCGCCAAGAUACAAGUCUGAUUCUGAAGCACGUUAAUUAAUCGUUUAAACGUUAUAUUAAAAAGAAACAAAAAAAUAAAAAAAUAAAAAAAAUAAUAUAAUAGAUUGAUGAUUGUGCCGCUGAUGUGAGAGAAGAUUGUAUAAUCAAUCGCAAGUUUUUUCUAUGAAAAUUUAGAUUAAUUGAAAUUACUUCAUUGCAACAAUCUCAUUUCAUAGAGAAAAAAGAAUAUAUAUAUAAAUAUAUAUACAUAUAUUAUGCAUGAAACGAAAGAGGAUAAAAGAAGAAGAAAAGGGAAAGAACAACAAUAGAUGGUUAAAAUUUGCGAUUUGGAAACGAUCAAGUGAAUCAUCAGUAUGUGUAUGUAAGUAGCUUGGAGCGGCCUUGUUAUAAUCAACAAACACCCUGCAACACUCGCAGAAUAUUUUUAGUCGGGUCUCGAUGCACCCGAUGUUCACUUGCCAGUAAUAAACAUUUAAACGAAUAAAUUCUCACAUUCUAACGUAUAUCUAUCACCGCAUGAUGUAUUUGCACAUAUCUUCGAAAUAUUAAGUAGUAACUGUAAAAAAACAAAUUUUCGAGGAGAAAUGGGAGGAGGAUAUUUUGAAAAGUGGAACAGAGUGUGACCGAGAGUCGAUGGAGGCUUCUUGACCGAACAGAAUAAUCAUAUCCAAUUGACAUUUUGAUUCUCUGAUGAAACUGAGAAAGAACUCAACAAACGACUUACUUCAUUUAAGAACCAUCCGUUUAGAAGAUAACAAUGAUAAUUUAGCAUUACCUUAGAAUAUAAUUUCUUUAGACAUCCAUCUAUAAAUCAUAGCAUAGAAGAGCACAGUUACUUUCGAAUAUCGAGUUCCUGCUAAAUUGUCACGAUAAUGUCUUGUCAAUACUCUGUCUGUGUUCGAGACAAGUUUUCAAAAAAAGAAAAAAAAAGGAUGAGAAAUGGGUGAACAAAAGAAAGUCUAUAUACACAUAUAUAUAUAUAUAUAUGGACUUACUUUGGUAAAUAUAAUAUUUGGAUAGUAUAAAAAGAAAAAAGAUAAAAUGUAAAAAAACGAUUGCACCAAGUCGAUCUCAAUCGAGAUAACUUUGUGUGAUAACGUUCUAAUUAAUUAAGCUAAGUGAAUUUUACGAGCGACGAUAUAUUUCAUAAAAUAUUUUUAUGAUCGACGAAAAUUAUUCGAGGGAAGAAUUUAAGGAACAAAGCGAGAGGAAAGGUUUGCGAUAUAUACAUAAAUAAUAUAGACAUAUACGUAUACAUGUGUCUUUUAAAUUGUAGUAAUUAAUUUCACGGACUGUUUGUAUACAGAUACAUGACGAGAUUGCGAUAUGCGCUUGGAUCGAGUACAGGAUUUUUACGUGCUUCAUUGGAACACCAAAGAUUCGUUGAUUCUUACGACACAACGUGUUUUCCAUCGUUUUCAUUGAGGAUGGAAAAACUUGAAACUUCGAAACCUAUGUAUUAAUAUUAUCUUGAUUGAAUACUUGAUUUCACUUUCAUCAAGGUUUUUUAAAUAAAGAAAAAUUGAUGAUAGAAUUCUUCUUUAAAAAAGGAAAGAAUAAAAGGAAUAAAAUAAGCAUUUUAAGUUUUAUGAGACCUUUGAGAGUUCCACCUUGUCAAAUUUGAAUUUCUAAAAUAUCAACUCAUCUCUUGGCAUUGUUAACACGAUUCUCUGAACGUGAUUCAUCAAAAAAAAAAAAAAAGAGAUUCACCAGUGUUU